ACUCUCCACCGCAUUUUGUCGGAUUAGGGGCAAAUAAGAGAGUCGGCGAAUCACAAUUGGCGGGUUGAGGUCAUAACGACCUUCGUCUUCCAUCCUCUAUCAACUGUCAUCAAUCAUCACCACCAAGAAGAAGAAGUCAACUGUAUAAUUGGAGGUGAUAUGGAGUCUCCUUUCAAGCCCCAUGUACUCCAAGGCAAAGUAGCUCUACUCACUGGUGGCGGGUCGGGUAUCGGGUUCGAGAUUUCAACCCAGUUUGGGAAGCAUGGAGUCUCCAUCGCUAUCAUGGGCCGCCGCAAGCCCGUCUUAGACGCCGCAGUUUCAGCCCUCAUGUCCCUUGGCAUCCCCGCAGUUGGUUUUGAAGGGGAUGUCCGGAAAGGGGAAGAUGCGCGGAGAGUUGUGGAGGCAACGGUGAAGCAUUUUGGGAAGCUGGACAUUCUUGUGAACGCUGCUGCUGGCAAUUUUCUGGUGGCGGCAGAGGAUCUCUCUCCCAAUGGAUUUAAAACAGUGAUGGAUAUUGAUUCUGUUGGCACAUUUACAAUGUGUCGGGAAGCACUUCAGUAUCUUAAGAAAGGCGGGCCAGGAAGAAGCUUGUCCAGUGGAGGAUUUAUACUGAAUAUCAGUGCAACUUUGCAUUACACAGCGUCUUGGUAUCAGAUCCAUGUAUCUGCAGCCAAGGCAGCUGUUGAUGCCCUCACAAGAAACUUAGCCCUGGAAUGGGGUACAGAUUAUGAUAUAAGAGUUAAUGGGAUUGCACCAGGUCCCAUAGGAGAUACUGCAGGCCUGAGUAAACUUCUGCCCAAGGAGAUUAAUAACAAAACCAGUGAUUACUUGCCUCUCUAUAAAGUCGGUGAGAAAUGGGACAUUGCCAUGGCUGCUGUCUACCUUGCUUCAGAUGCUGGUAAAUACAUCAACGGAACCACCUUGAUUGUUGAUGGAGGAUUGUGGUUGAGCAGUCCGAGGAUUCUGCCCAAGGAUGCAGUGAAACAGUUUUCUAGAGCAGUGGAGAAAAGAUCUCGCGCCGCACCAGCUGGAGUUCCUACCAGCAAACUCUAACCUGAGCUUAUGCCAUACAUAGUGUCAUUGUUUGUGGACUUAGCCAGUGUCUACCCAUUCGGGGCAAAAACAUAACCUGUUAUGUUAAAAC